AUGCCCGAGUCAACCUUCAGAAAGUUGAACAAUAUUAGAUACCUUAUUCUUAACAAUAACUUGAAUAAAGGGUUUAUUUGCAAAUCCUAUUUCAGAUCGACUAUUCCACUUUUAUUAAUUGCAAAACCUAAAAAAGGUAUUUGUAUCUAUCAAGAUUAUUGUGAAUUAAAUAAUAUUAUUAUCAAGAAUCGAUAUUCCUUAUUAUUAAUUAAAGAAACUCUUAAUACUUUAUAUUAUACAAAAAUCUAUAUCAAAUUGAAUAUUAUUACUAUAUUUAAUAAAUUAAGAAUUACAAAAGGAUAUAACCUUUUUGAAUUCCUAAUAAUACCUUUUAAUCUUUACAAUACUUCUAUUUCGUUUCAAAACUAUAUUAAUUAUAUCCUUUUCAAUUUUUUGGAUAGGAAUUAUACUAUAUACCUAAAUAAUAUUUUGAUUUAUUUUAUUAAUAUUACAAAUUAUCAAAAGCAGAUCUAUAAGAUUAUACAGAAAUUAAUUAAUACUGAUUUACAAAUUGAUAUUGAAAAAUACAAAUUCGAAACUAUACAAACUAAAUACCUCAAGUUGAUUAUUACACCUAAUAGGAUCGAAAUAAACCCAGAUAAAAUCAAAACAAUUCUCAAUUAA